AUGUCACCGCCAAAAAAUAACAGUAGGAAAUUUAAUAAACCAAGUCGUGGUACUGGCCAUAGAUUUACUAAUGCACGAAUUCUUGCUGAAGAUGAAAGAAGGUUGAAUUACAAUAUUGAAGGUUUACAAACAUGUAUGAAAUUAGCAACAAAUACCAAAAAGACGAAUGCGGAAAGGAAAGAAUCUAGAAGUGAAGAUGAGGAUGAAACAUUAAAUAAAUCGGCAACAAAUCUUAUAGAGAUAGAUAAUCCAAAUAGAACAUUGAGGAAAGAUAAUUUAAAAGCAUCAGAUAUGUCAAAUAUAACACCUGAGAUGUCUCGUAGAGAAAGAGAGGCAGCAGAAAAAGAAGCAGCGAGGCAAAGAUAUUGGAAGUUGCAUAAAGAAGGUAAAACAGAACAGGCCAAAACUGAUUUAGCACGGUUAGCAAUAAUUAAAAAAGAGAGAGAAGAAGCAGCAAUGAAAAGAAAAGCCGAGGCUGAUGAUCGCGCGGUUGUCAACGAAUUGGAAGGAGUGCUUACGAUGCAACCGAGAGGAACUAUUGGUGUUGUGGCGGGCCCUUAUAUGGAUCGAUUUGCGCCUAGUGCGUUAGAGGCAGCCAGAACAUCGAUAUAUGAUGUUAUUCUCACAGAUAAGGAGAAUUUGUCUAAGAUUUAA